AUGGAAUGUUUGCGUUCCAAGGCACGCACUCCGCUCAAUGGCACUGGCCUAAUCGGCAAAGAGCCCUGGUGGAAAGCGGCCGUGUUCUACCAAGUCUACCCGGCGUCCUUCAAGGACUCCAGCGCCGAGGGUUGGGGCGACAUCCCCGGUCUCAUCUCGGAGCUUGACUACCUGGCCGACCUGGGCGUCGAUUGCGUGUGGCUGUCCCCCGUCUUCGAGAGCCCCCAGGCCGACAUGGGCUACGAUGUCUCGGACUACCAGGCCAUCUACGCGCCGUACGGCACGGUGGUGGACGUGGACCGGCUGACGGCUGAGUGCCAUGCUAGGGACAUGAAGUUGAUCCUGGAUUUGGUGGUGAACCACACUUCGGUUGAACACGCGUGGUUUAAGGAAUCGAGGAGCUCCAAGACGAGCCCAAAGCGGGAUUGGUAUAUCUGGAGGCCUGCUCGGUAUGACAGUCACGGCAGGCGUAUUCCGCCAACGAAUUGGCGGGGUUACUUUGCUGGCCCGACUUGGACGUGGGAUGAGGACACGCAGGAGUACUACCUGCAUCUCUACGCGCCAGAUCAGCCUGACCUCAACUGGGAGAAUGAUGAGUGUCGCGAGGCCAUCUACAAUGACACGAUGCGGUUCUGGCUCGAUCGAGGUGUCGACGGGUUCAGGAUCGACACCGUAAACAAGUACUCGAAGCGAACUGAGUACGUCGAUGCCCCGGUCACGGAUCCACAAUCCGACAGUCAGCCCGCGCCAGAAAUGUGGUGUAAUGGCCCACGCAUCCAUGAGUUCAUACGGGAGAUGAACCAAAAGGUACUGGCGCCUUACAAUGCUGUUAGCGUUGGCGAGCUGUCCAACAUGGCCAGUCCACACGACGUGAUACCGUACGUAUCCGCCUCCGCCAAGGAGCUAGACAUGGUUUUCGAGUUUAGCAUGAUCCGGCUUGGCACGGGAGGCGGAUUCGGACCGAAGUACAUAUAUCGACCGUACACGCUUUCGACGUUCAAGGAGACGGUAAAGAAAUUUCAGACGUUCAUCGAGGGCACGGACGCCUGGACUACGGUGUUCUGCGAGAACCAUGAUAACGGCCGCGCGGUAAGCCGGUUCGGGGACACGAGCACGCCCGAACUAUGGAGGGCGAGCGCGAAGACGCUAGCGCUGUGGCAGAUUACGCUGACGGGGACGCUAUUCCUGUAUCAGGGACAGGAGAUCGGGAUGGUGAACAUGCCAUCUGAGUGGGGGAUUGAGGAGUACAAGGAUGUCGAGAGUCGGAAUUUUUACCAGGAGGCGGUGGAUAGUGGGGAUGAGCAGCGGGUAAGAGAUACAAUGCACGGGCUGCGUAUUCUGGCGCGUGAUCACUCCAGGAUACCGUUUCAAUGGGAUGGGGGCAAGAAGAACGCGGGGUUUAGUGAGGGGGAUAGGACAUGGAUGAGGGUUCAUGAUGGGUUUGGGGAGAUUAACGCGAUGAAGCAGAGGGGUGACCAGGGUAGUGUAUUGGAGUUUUGGAAGAGGGCAUUGAGGUUGAGGAAGAGGUUUAAAGAUUUGUUUGUUCAUGGGAGGUUUACGGCGUUGGAAGAGGGAGAUGAGAAGAGAUUUGUUUAUUUGAAGGAGAGUACUACUGAGAGUGGUGGGAAUAGAAGGGCUUUGGUGGUCAUGAAUUGGUCUAAGGAGGUUCAGAAGUGUGUUGAUGUCAAGAAAUCCCUGGGGUGUGAAGGGGCUGAUGAGGUGAGGUUGCUGUUUAGCACUACGGAUCGUGGGCCAAAGAUGGUGGGCGGCGAGCAUGAAGCGGCGUUGAGGCCUUGGGAGGGGCGGGUGUAUGUUAAUUUCGAAGCUGGUGAUAUUUAG